GCCGACUCAGUGGGGAAGACCCGCAAAGAGCAACUGCUGGGUUUGGCGGAAGGUGUCGAGCGUCAGUCAGUCAGCCCCUGCUCACCCGGACUAUACAUAGGAAGUGAUGGUCCACAAUUUGAUUUUUGUAUUGUAAACAUGAGAAGUGUGUAUGAAUGGAUAGAUGUAUGUAUGUACAUUGCAUUACCGCUGCAAUGGCGCUGGAAAUAACGUCUUAACUAUAUGUCAUGUAGUCAUCUUCAUCUAUGCCGUCAUGAGAGCAGCAGCGGCGGCAUCGGCCCCCUGUCCGGGAGCCGUACUCGGAGUCGUACUCGCGGACAUCACUGCCCCCUCCUCACACUCCUGGCGCUCCUCAUUUCCGGGAGCAGCUUUUAUCUCCUCGGCGAGAGAUGUCGCGCCGUUGCUGUCCUCCGGCUCUUUCGGUGUAUCGAGCAUGCCGUUCUCUCCGAGCCAAACAAUUGCCUCCAUCACCUUACGAUCAUCCUCGGUUUUUUGACGAUCCAAAAGCUGAUGGUUGUGCCUGUUAGUUGAAUGUGCGGGAUUUGGGAGUCCGACAAAGAACACUUACCGCUUGAAGAAGUCCCUUUCGUCCCUUCUGCUCC